GUUUCCUGGAGAAACCCGGCCGCCCCGCAGACCGGCGCGGGGCAGAGAGCAAGACUUCAGGCGUAAACUUGAGUACGGCAAAGGGCCAAGUUGUAAUUAUGAGGGUCGCAAAUUAACUACCAGCCUCCACCUCGUCAUCCCUCUUCCAAACACUGGGUUGGGAAAGUGCAGCAGCAGAUAUAUCUCCGGGCCCGACAAUCUUAACAAGGCCCCUCGAGAGUCAUUACUCCGAUCAUUCACCCCUUCAUUCGUCCCAAGGUGAAUUCCUUGGCUUGCAGGAUGGCACCAAGCGCAGUUUCCCCGUCGCCAGAGCCCCCCUCUACUGUAGGGACGGCUUCCUUGGACAGCCAACCCUUUUCCAAACCCCUACAUCUGGAGCGCCAAAUGAAGAUUAUCUGCAUUGGGGCUGGCGCAUCCGGUCUCUGCUUCGCGUACAAACUGCAGCGGUCCUUUGAGAACUUCGACCUUGUCAUAUAUGAGAAGAACGAGGACAUCUCGGGAACGUGGUACGAGAACCGAUAUCCUGGGUGCGCCUGCGAUGUGGCCGCCCACAAUUACACCUUUUCCUUUGCUCCCAAGCCCGACUGGUCCUCUGUGUACGCGUCCAGCGCGGAGAUCUUCGGCUACUUCAGCGACUUCGCUGGCAAGCACUCCCUACGGCGAUACAUCCGGACCUCACACAAGGUCACACGCGCGGAAUGGAAUCCCUCACAGGGCCAAUGGACCGUAGAAGUGACCAACGAGUUGACGGGAUCAGUAUCCUCAGAUUCCUGCCACAUCCUAAUCAACGCCGGCGGCAUCCUCAACGCUUGGAAAUGGCCCUCCAUCCCGGGUUUUGAGAAGUUCGCUGGGCCGAAGCUGCACACGGCCUCGUGGGACGAUUCGGUUGAUCUCAAGGGGAAGGAGGUCGGGCUCAUUGGCAACGGAUCCUCGGGCGUGCAGGUCCUCCCAGCCAUUCUCCCGGAUGUCAAGAAGAUCACCCAUUUCAUCCGCAAAGGCACCUGGGUGGCCCCUCCCCUCCGCGGGCUCGUCCAGCACAAGUACACACCCGAGGAACUUGAUCGAUUUGCCAACGAGCCGGAUCUCCUUCUCAACCACCGCAAGAAGUAUCAGAGCAGCACUACGGGUGUCUUUAAUCUCUUCAUUCGUGGCUCCCAGACCCAGCAGGACGUUCGCGCCUCCAUGGAGAAGCACAUGCGCGACCGCAUCAGCGAUCCCGUCCUGCGGGACCGGCUGAUCCCCCCGUGGAGCGUCGGCUGCCGGCGCCUCACCCCGGGGAUCAAGUACCUAGAGGCACUUCAGACAGAGGAGGUGCAGGUUGUCAUGGGCGGGGUGAAGGAGAUGACGGCGCGCGGCGCCGUCGACGUCGAGGGCAGGGAGCAUCCCUUUGAUGUGCUCGUCUGCGCUACAGGGUUCGACGUCUCCUUCCGCCCGAGGUUUCCACUCCUCGGCAAGGAGGGAAAGAAUCUCCAGGACGUAUGGGCCGAGGAGGCUAUGGGAUAUCUCGGUCUAGCGGCCCCAGAGAUGCCGAAUUACUUUAUGUUUUUGGGGCCGAAUUGCCCGAUCGGGAACGGGCCCAUCUUGGCUGCAGUUGAGGCACAAGCGGAUUACAUGCUCCGAUGGUGCGACCGGUGGCAGACAGAGAAUAUCCGGUCCUUCACGCCCAAGUGGGACGCAGUCCGGGACUUCGUCGCCCACACAGACAAGUACAUGCAAGGCACAGUGUGGACGGAGGACUGCAGCUCGUGGUACAAGGGCAACAGCGUGGCGGGGCGGGUAUCGGCACUGUGGCCGGGCAGCACGCUGCACUACAUGGAGGUACUGUCGACGCUCCGGGCGGACGACUUUGAUCUCGAAUAUGAGGGCAACCGGUUCGAGUAUCUGGGCAACGGGUUCAGCCUGACAGAGCUGGACCCCACCUCCGAUUGGUCAUUUUAUAUUCGUGAGGAGGACGAUUCGCCUUUCUUGAGCAGGGGCAAGCAGAGGAGAGUGAUGAAUAAGAGUGGGAGUCAGACUAGCACCGAGUUCAAGGUUAUAUGAGUGGAGGAGAUGUAUGAACCAUGAACACAUGAAAUAAAU